GGGUCGCAGAGGAUCGGUAGUCUCUAUUUGCCCUCUUUAUAAAUUCUAUCGUUCGAAAUCCACUCGAAAGGUUGCAAGCGCGUUUUCACACGCCAAGCGGCGGUCCAACACUACUCGAUUUUCCACCGUUAUGAAGGUUCUCAUUGUAGCUCUGUGUGUGGCGUUGGGUGCAUGCACCGACACGCCAAACUUGCGCCGAGAGCUGCGCCUCAACACCUGGUACGAUGACGCAAGCGAAGGCGACUACUACGCCCAGGCCGACCAAGUCGCGCAGGAACCCCGCGGGUAUAACGCGAACCAACAGUUCCACCAGUGGCAGGAGGCGCAAAUGCAGCAGCUGUACAACAAAGAGGGCUUUGGGAACUAAAGCGGUCGCUUCGAGUCAUGUCAAGGCCAAGAAGCCGCGCUGUUGUGGAUGUAGUUGCCCUUUGUGGGGUGGUAUUCGUUAACUAUAAAUGUCCAUGUUGAAGUUGCCUUUCGGGUCAA